AUGCUUGAAGGUCGCGAGAAUGAACAAACAACACGAAGAAUGAAAUACAAUGGAAACAAGUCUCGCUCUAAGCAUUUGGAGUCCUUUCACGAGCAGAUGGAUUUACAAUUUCUUAAUGUAAUUAGCGAAUUUGUCCACAGCAAUCAAUUAAUCAAUUUAACUACUGCUGCCAAUUUUCCACCUUGUUUUUACCUCGACAGUUUCAUUCGAGUUCUUCCUAUCCACACAUAUUUAUGUGCUUUGGCGUUUAAUGAGAGCGAUGAAAGAAAACUUGAUUUCUUUCAUCUUAAGAAAACAUCUUGCACGACCGACAUGUUUAUUAGCAAUGAAGUUAUGUUAAUUUUCAUGGACACUGACUGUUUGAUCGGAAAAUCUUUAAGUUUCUCAAACUUGAAACCAUGCGGCUUCAUUAAGUUAAAGUCAAUGAAUGUUUGCAUCGCUGAAAGGUUUGCACUUCAUUGCUUUCUCAUUUGA